UCGCUUCAUUCUCUUGCGAACUCGCAGUGCGCGACGUCUCCCACUUCGCCGCAGUUCGCCACCACCACCACGACGAUGAUGAUGAUGAUGGCCACGAAGAAGAAGAUGAUGAUGAUGAGGACACCGAUGAUGUGGAUGCUGCUGCUCGUCGCUGCGACCACCCUCACCGUCGCGCAAAAUGGUGAUGUCAUACUGAGAAUACGUACGUCUAAACAAAACAUUUUCGAGGGCGACAACUUUACCAUAUCUUGUACCAACUCGUCUGGAUAUUUAAAUCCAAAUUCCACCUUUUCCUGGGAGCUGCCACCGAACAUCGUCAUCCCAGAGCAGCAGUUCUCAGACAACAAGCAAACCAUCAGCAUCGUGUCAGUCAGCAGGACGUAUAAUGGGAAAUACAAGUGCUCCAUCGUUGGCACAAGCUUUGCAAACGACAAGACCAUUGACAUUUACUACCCACCGCAGGACCUGAAAAUAAUGGCAGGCCACGCAUCUCAACAGAGAUAUGAGAAGUCACUGCAUGUGUUCGUCGCAGAGGGAAGUCCACUGACUCUCACCUGUGAAGCAGUCUCCAAACCAACGCUGGAGUGGUCAUGGUGGACUUUGGAUACUGAUCUCAACAAGUUCACCAAUGUUCUGUCCGUAAAUGAACCGCGAAAUGGCACCAAUUAUACUUGCAAAGGCAGAUAUGAAAUGGACAGUCAAUUGUACGAGAUGUCAGCCAGCAUCAUCAUUGAGGUUCCUGUCUCCGUGCCCACGCUCACGACAAACAGCACAGGGGAGGCUAAAGAAGGAGACUCGGUCGCUAUGAACUGCUCGCACGAUAACGGCACGGGGCAAUGGUAUGACUGGACUCAGAAUGGGCAGCCGAUCAUUGAGGUGGAAGAGAGGAAUAUUUUCUCCAAAGAAGGUGCCUCCCUGCUGGUGAAGGACAUCCAAGGGCGUGACAGCGGGGAAUACCAGUGCACGGUGCAGAACCAUUUGGGCAGUAAAAGUAGCAACGUCUUCAAGAUCAACGUCACGUCUGAAAAUAAUUUAAUUUAUAUCGUGAUCGCUUUAGCGGUCAUUGCAUUGUCGGUAGCAGGCGGGCUGGGAGGCAUGCUGCUCUGGCGCAAGUUGACACGCAGUAGAUCGGUCAUAUAAACUGAACAGCAAGUAGUACACGAGUUAAAACGCAGAGCAACAUGAAUCUACAAAAAAAGAGAAACAAAAAAGAAAUCAUUCUGCGACAGAACACGCUAUACAAAGGCGAUUGUCUCAUUGGAAUUAAAACGAAAAUAUGAUUUAUUUUAUUUUACCAGGUAAGACCCACUCAGCUAUACAGCUCUUUUUCAGAAGCGACCGGUCCACAAAUCAUAGCUCAAUGUGGAAAUGUAAAGCAGCCAAAUUAUGGUAGCCAGUAAAAAUACAGAACUAAUAACAAUCUCCAGCACAAGCUAUAUCUCUCCCAUGGGGGAAAAAAUGGGUAUCCUUAAACCCGAGUGAGAAUAAUCACCUUAAAUCUAAUUCCCCAGAAAAGUCAAAGGAACAUGUCUGUAAACCACACACUACGAAUCAAAUCAAAAGGGGGGGGGAAGAUGAAAUGGACAAUAGGAUUUAUGAAUCAGCAAUUUUACAUUUGCGUCAUAAUCUGUACCAUCUCGCUUUAAAAAAAGACAUGUGUUGAAGCGGGGAUAUCCAAUACUCCAGUCCAGGGAACAGUCCUUAACUUUAGUUUCACUGUAAUAUACAAAUCAUGAAAGGAAAGGAUGGCAAUUGGCUUCUAGAAUGGGUCCCUCGAUGCGUUGGUAGUAUCCUGUUAUGAUUUUUUUUCCACCUCUUGACAGUCGCCUAGAACUGAUCAAUUUUUUUAAGCCAGGAAUUUAACUGCCCUGUUACAGUGCUUGCACGUUUGGGUUAUGGCAGGGUUAACCAUUAUGCUGAAGUGAACAAUGGCUUCGCUGUGUCAGGAAGCUGGUAUGGCUGUUAUGGAUUUAUGGCUGCGGGAAAUCACUUCCUUAUGUCCAUGGACCAAUAUUCGGAAAUGAGUUCCACCCAAGGUAGCAAAAAACUUCAGUCGGACCUACUGGGUGGGGGGGGGGGGGCACGUGCCCCCCCAAUGAUCCGAUCGAAAUCCCUAAUUUCGAUCGGAUCAUUUGGGGUUUAUUAGUAAUACAUCGGCAUUUUGCGACCCCCACUACCGCUGUGUAGCAUAUUAUUACGUGCCAGGGACUCGAUGAGAUGAUAGGUCAGUAGUCUGAGUCCAUCAUUGCCAAUAAGUAACGGCAAAGACCGAUUGGGACCUUAUUGGUCAGCUCGUGGCCUUGUAAAUCUCAACGUUCAUCCUACAAAGUCCGAUCACAAGGCAGAAACACAAACAAAUAGGCAACAAAAAACAUGUUUGCCCGUAUUGAAACGGCUGUAUGCCGUAUGGACCCAAAAACUAAAUUUAACUGUACAAGAAUACGGGGUAAACCGUAUGGGUUGACAGGUAUGUAGAUGUGACUAACUUAUAUAUAGAGACAUACUUGAGGUGUAUCGUCCUGUGUCACUAGUCGACGGUUUGUCUGAGCAUAUGGUACAAGCGGUUAAGAUCGUACUUUGGGAAGUAUUUGAGGGUAUAAAGCCAAUCACCAAUGGUUCCAAAUGUAACGUGUUACUUAAUGUUAGAGAAAAGUUCCGAAUGUAACGUGUUACUUAAUGUUAGACAAUAGUUCCCAAUGUAACGUGUUACUUAAUGUUAGAGAAAAGUUACAAAUGUAACGUGUUACUUAAUGUUAGAUGAAAGUUCUGAAUGUAACGUGUUACUUAAUGUUAGAUGAAUGUUCCGAAUGUAAAAUGUUACUGAAUGUUAGAGAAAAGUUACAAAUGCAACGUGUUACUUAAUGUUAGAUGAAAGUUCCGAAUGUAACGUGUUACUUAAUGUUAUAGAACAGUUACAAAUGUAACGUGUUACUUAAUGUUACACGAAAGUUCCGAAUGUAACGUGUUACUUAAUGUAAGACAAAGGCCCAGCAACUAGAGACAAUUUAAGAUUGUAAACUGUGGCAUGCAACGUGUGCGCUCGGGGAGGCGAACUCAGGGACACCAGUGACGAUUAUCUGAACCGGUCCUGGGCCUCCUCCCCUAGGUCGACUCAGCCUCAAAUGAGUACCUGGUGCGGUGUGUAGUAAACAUCGCCACUGGGGAGACAAAGGCGGCCGGGCGUGGUGCUGACCACCCACCCCCUCUUGUGCUGUGCCGGCCUUCAUAGGUGCUCGCUUGCCCCAACAAUCUGUUAAGGUUAUACAGAGGGAUCUUUGUAUUUUGGUGGUGUGAUACUUCAUUAAUUGUGUACUGUAUAUAUUGCUGCUGCUGCAUGCGAAGAUUGCGGUGUUUAAUUUGAGGACUUUGUAUAUAAACUACUGUUGUAAAUAAACGUUUUUGAUACUA